CCUUUCACACUUCAUUCCGAGCCGUUCCCCUUCGUUCACUGUAGCAGAAGAGCUCUCCCUCGUCCGAACCAGAAAGAGUAACAGCGCAAAGAUGUUGGGGAUAUUCCACAAAGCCGUGGCCCAGGCGCCGCAGGAGCUCCACAGCCCGGAGUCCGCCGCCGGCAUUCCGCCUAAGUCCGGCUCUGUUCGCCGCCAGCCCAAGAACCCGGACGAGAUCCUCAGGGACUUCCACGCUGCUUAUUCCGGCCAGUCCUUCUCCGCCUCCUUCAGCGGCGGCGCCGCCCUCGCCUGCGUCGGCCCCCGCGCUCCCCGUCCCUCCUUCCACCAGAGGUUGUUCUGUAGCUAUGAUGAGGUUUACUGCAUGUUCGUGGGGAGCCUCGGCAACCUGAGCGCCCUCAUCAGGCAGUACGGUCUCUGCAGCAAGUCCACCAACGAGGCGCUGCUGGUGAUCGAGGCGUAUCGGACGCUCCGCGACCGCGGGCCGUACCCGGCCGACCAGGUCGUGAAGGACUUCAGCGGCUCCUUCGCCUUCGUCGUCUACGACAACAAAACCAGCACCGUCUUCGCUGCGCUGAGCUCCGAUGGAGGAAUACCUCUGUACUGGGGCGUUGCAGCGGAUAGCUCGAUCGUAAUUUGCGAUGACAGGGAAAUCACAAAGGAGAGCUGCGGCAAAUCCUACGCUCCGUUCCCUACUGGAUGCAUGUUUCACAGCGACGGAGGGUUGAGGAGCUUCGAGCACCCGUUGAACAGGCUGAAGGCGAUGCCGAGGGUAGACAGCGAGGGGGUGAUGUGCGGCGCCAGCUUCAAGGUGGACACGUUCGCCAAGAUCAACUCCAUGCCCAGAGUCGGGAGUGCCGCCGACUGGACUUCAUGGGAUAACUCACACUGAACACCAUCGUUGCUGAUCUCUCUGUAACAGGGGAAGGAAAGAGUGGCUAGACGUUCCAUGUUUCUCCGAGUGCCCCUUCCUUGUGUACUUUUGUGACUGGAGGCGUCUUCCAGUUCUGCAUCAAUAAAGGUGUAAUGGUUAGUUGUCUAUGGCAAGAAAUAAAGCCAGUAGCUCAACGCCU